AUGCGCGGGUUCAUCCCCCUUCUUCUGGCUCUUUCUGCUUCUUAUACCACCGUCACUGCACUUCCCCAGCCUAGAAUCGUGCACCGCGAUGCUACAGCCAAACCCAAAUACUCAGUCGUUCCUUUAGAACCUGGCGACGAUGACCCCGCCUCAGGUGACCUUGGUGGAGGAAAUGGAGAUGGGCAUGGGAAUGGGGGCAGCAGUAAUGGGAGCGGUGGCGGUAGUAGUGACAACGACGGAGAUGGCGUCGUGACAGUUAUCCGAACAGUGACACGAAAGCCAGUCACAAAAAUUGUCACACAAACCGAAAAGCCCAGUAUCGUCACUGCUCCCGGAAAGACUGUCACCAAGGCAGUCCCUACUACCGUCUCGGUUAUCAACAUGGACGAUGAGCCAGUCACUGAGACGGUCACUGUCCCUCACCCCAGCUCAAAGCCCAAAGCACCGGAAAAGCCGACAACCACACAAGAGCCCGGUACUACUACCGACGAGCGAGAGCCGAUUGCCCAAGGUACAACUGAUCUAAGCUCGGCUGCCGCCCCAGGCGUGACAUCUCAACCUCAGCCCAUACCCCAACCUGAGCCUGAGCCCGAAUCACCUACCAACGUUGAGUCGCCUCAGACUACUGAAACAUCGCCAAUCACCUGCAUCACUGACUAUCCUCCACCCGUUGAGACAGUUGCUCAGCCUCCUCCCACUAUCGAAAGCCCAGCCCCGGUUUCGGAACCAACUACCCUCCUUACCCAGACAAGCGAGAGUGCUGGAGCUCCAGAACAAACUGAACGUCCUACACCGGACGCUCCAGUGGCGCCUAUUCCUUCACAGGGUACCUUUGCUGAAAGCCAUGCGACUCAGGAUCAGUCCUGGUCUACUGCCGCCGUACCUUAUGAGCCCCCUGUAGCGCCAACGACUUUGAUCAAAUUGACUACCACUACCACUUCAAUCACCGAAACUAGCACCCUUGAGUCAAGCUCUGCCUCAAAGACACACGAUAAUGGCGCAUGGCACACCUCCUACCCAGCCUGGAAUGGAACAGAACACCGCAAAUAUCAGACUUCAAAAUUCUUGACUUCACACUUUACAACAAUCAUGGAUUCUUCUAUGGGUCCCUUCAGCACCAAUGGCAACGAUAGUUCCGCCAAGUACAUUGUCGACAAGGCCGGCAGUCACGAUGAGGCGGUCAUCAUCGGAGGAGCCAUGAUCGGCUCUGUUUUCUUCGUCGCCAUCGUUGGAGUGGCUUGCAUGUUCUUCAAGGAGCGGUCUCGAAAGAUUAAGGACCAGCAGGCCGCGACCAAAACUGUCAGCGCCUCUGAGUAUGUCUGA